UGCGCGCUACAGAUCCAGCCUUUCAGCACGACGUCACGGUGCGCUAUAAGGAUAAAGCGCAGGCUGGCUCCAAGCGCAGUCUGCUGGAUACCACUGAGUGGGAGCAAGUGAGAGGCGAGCCUUGAAAUCUCUGCGGUGCAGAGCUGGAAAAGCUGCUUCUCAGCGAAAAUCAGACGCCCUAUUUACUCUGCCUAUUUGCUCCUAUUAUUUUUUCCUGGCGAAAAAAAAGGACUAACAACCAAGAAGUCGCUACGAGGACUGGUGCCCGUAUCAGCGAACAGUGGUAUUUCCUUUAUUAUUAUUAUUUAUCUUUUUUCUUGUUUUAUUACACUUCUACUGAAGGGACUGAGGUAUUACUUUUGCCCUGAGACGCAUUGCUUUCUACCUCUCGUCUGGUCUAUCUGCCAGAUUAUCCCAACAGAAGUAGGCUAUAUGACGCAAACCGUGUGCAGAGCAUUAGUGUGAAAGUUUUCCUCCACUACUUUUUUUUUUCAUUUUCCCUUUUUUCCACCGAUCGCACGGUUUUUCAUGCUACAGCAAGUCUGUGCACAGCGGUGGAGGACCCAGACGAACUAUUGCAUGAAACAAGAAAGGAAAGAAGAGGCGCUGAAAAAAUCUGUUUUGGCCACGCUCGCAAGUUCCUUUGCAAAUCUGCAAAAGAGUCGCAGCAUGAGUACAGAGAUGAGCAUGGGCCCGGAGCUACCCAGCAGCCCUCUGGCUCUGGAAUAUGUCAACGAUUUUGACCUGAUGAAGUUUGACGUGAAGAAGGAAGGUCUGGCCGGGCUGGAUCGCAACGGGGUUCGCCAAUGUACCCGUCUCCAACCCCAAGGCUCGGUGUCGUCCACCCCCAUCAGUACACCCUGCAGCUCGGUGCCCUCCUCGCCCAGCUUCAGCCCCACAGAGCAGAAGAGCCACCUAGAGGAGCUGUACUGGAUGCCGAACAGCGGGUACCAACAGCAGAUAGACCCACAGACCCUCAGCCUGACCCCGGAGGACGCGGUGGAGGCCCUGAUCGGCCACCCUCCGCCUCCGCAUGUCCAACAGCAGCUGCAGCAGCAAGGCGGCUUCGAGGGCUACAGGGGCCCGCAUCACCACCACAGUCACCACGGCCAGCAGCAACAUCACCAGUAUGGCCCGGGGGGCAUCCCGCACCACACCGAUGAACUGUCCGGGCACCCGGGCGGACACAGCCACCCACACAGCCAGCAUCACCUUCACCACAGCCAGGACCACCACAGCCAGGACCCCGACAGCCCGUCCCCGGAGUCCCCAGACUCCCUCCAGUCGCUCCAUCACCACCGCCACCACCAUCACCACCAUUCGCACGGCCACCUCAGCCAGUCUGGGGGGCAUCACGGCUCCGGGCUCAACGUGGAGGACCGCUUCUCCGACGAUCAGCUGGUGUCCAUGUCGGUGAGGGAGCUCAACAGACACCUACGGGGCUUCACCAAGGACGAGGUCAUCCGCCUGAAGCAGAAGCGGAGGACCCUGAAGAACCGGGGCUACGCUCAGUCCUGCAGGUACAAGCGGGUGCAGCAGAAGCACGUGCUGGAGAUCGAGAAGACCCAGCUGAUCGACCAGGUGGAGCAGCUGAAGGCAGAGAUCGGCCGGCUGGCGAGGGAGAGGGACGCCUACAAGCUCAAGUGCGAGAAACUCUCGGGGUCAGGGGCCAAUAACGGGUUUCGCAAGGCUGGCUCCACCAGUGACAACCCUUCAUCUCCAGAGUUUUUCAUGUGAGUUGUCAUAGCCUUUUCUUGUGAACCCCCUCACAACAAACUUUCCCCUCCAUCCCCAACUUUCCUUUCUCCACAAAAGACUGACUGGCUGAACAAACGAAAAAUAGUCCACACCUCCCAUACUGUUUAUGAUUAUACUAAUAACAGUAACAAUUAUAUUCAUAUUAGAAGAAUAAUCCAUCGAAUAGUAUUCUCAUAUAUAAUCAUCUCUCCAUCCACAACUGAGAUACAAAGAGCAACGUAGAGUGUCUGAUCAGUCGCAGCAUCUUUGUAGAUUAGUUGCUUGUAGUGAAGAGACUUUUUUUCUUCUUCAAAGAAGAGGAUCGGCUGAUGAACAUUUCUUUCCCUCCUUUGAGGCUACAGUUUUGAAAUAAUCUGUAAGUAGUGUGGGAUGGCGUCGAGGCCGUUGUCUCCUAAUUUUGUUCUCCAAAAUGAUGACAUUGUUAUGAAACAACAAGCAGGCCUGGCCUCGCAGCCUGCAACACACACGAGACUCACAUUCGACAAGUGGGCCCGUAAUCUGAGAAAAUCUCCAAAAGCAAGACUCCACUUUAUGCAAAUUUAACUUCUGUCUACUAGCCCGUCACGGGGGGACAUUUUAUGCAACAUCUCAUUGAUUUAUUGCCUGCUUGGUUAUAUUCGAAUAUAUAUUGAAACAAAAAAUCUGCAUUAAAUAUUAAUCCUGCAUGCUGGACAUGUACGGUAAUAAUUUCUAUUUUGUACUUUCAUCUUCUCGUGUAUAUUAAGAGCAUGUUUUUGAUCUGCGCUUCUCCAUAGUGUGGGGGGUUUAGAGAAAUGCAGCGGGGACAGAACAGCAGGACUGCCGGUGCAGUAUCAUAAUGGUGUGGGUUUCUUUGGGCUUGUAAAUAUUAUGCAACCGCAAAACUGCACAACAAGAUUGAGGAGGCUGGUUUGAACUUCUUUCUUUCUUUGUGUUGUGUUUUUAUUUCAUUUAUUUUUUAUGAUUUUGUUUUUCAUCAUUUGGGGUAUUGAUUGAGGAGUGCAUUUCCUUAUGUGGCAUUUAAAUACAACAACAUCUGUGUGUCAAGUGCACUUUUAGAUGAUGAUUUGCCAGUUUUCAUUUUGAAGUUUGUGCGGACCUCCCUCCAGGAAGACAUACUAUGAUAUUAUAUCGUGUUUUAUUCAACUCAGGCCUACGUGCAAAGUUUAAAAGUAAUAUUUGGAAACAUGUUCUGCGAGGCUGGGGAGGCAAACAUGUGGUCACAAUAUUAUUGGACCCAGAUUGCACAGAAUAGGCGCAUAAAGGCGAGGUUACAAGUUUUCUACAUCCUGUUUAGCACAUACAAAGUGGGUUGAUGCUCUCUCAUUGUAAUUCAUCGUGGUUUUUGUGCCACUAAUUCAGAAAAGUGCUGUUCUGCCUUUCCUAUUAACUCUUUAACGAACCACAUCAAACCCAAACAAAACCUCUCAUUCCGAUUGGCGGCCACCUGUAGCAUUUUAUCACUCGGCCUAAUAUUGAUGAUUUAUAUUUGUAAAAAUAUUAAGAAAAAACAACUUGUCAGGGGGUUUUUGUAGAGUUAAUAUUUAGAUAGCGCGAGCAUUUUUUUUAAACAAAGUUUAACUAUUAAUGUUCUAUGUUUUCCUGAUUUUUUUUCUGCCGGUCAGUUAAAAAGGGGAUUCAGGUUGUGCAAAUUCUCAAAAUGAAAACAAUGUUUAUGUUAUGUAAUAACGUUUUAUGUCUGUUUUAUUAUUAUUUGAUGAUUCUGGUUCUGCUGGCCAGAUGCAUAGUUAAAGUUUUUAUUUUAAUGAUUUAAAUUAACAAACUGUCAGCUCAUAUCGAAUAAGCAUGGUGCUUGCAUUUGAAACUAUUGUUGAAAAGUCAUGCAUUUAACAAUCUUUGGUUUGUUACUGAUUCAACUGUGUUGAAAUCGAAUUGAAACUGCAGCAGCGGGUUGUUGUUUUGUUUUCACCUAUUCCAUGUACUUUGCGAUGAUGGGGAUCAAUUUUCAAUCCUGUUUGUAUAAAUAAUAGUUAAACACUUACAUUUGAACUGUUCCAUUCAGGCUGGUUUCUGUUUUGUGUUAUUUUCGGUUGUUUUUGGAAGAAAUUGUUUCCUAUUUUGCUUAUUAAAGUCAUUGAAAUGGCAA